AUGGCCUGCCUCUACAAGCCUGGUCACCGUAAUCGGCAAGAGAGGCCAUACGAGCGCGGGUCAAGCUGCAGUGGAUGCCCUCCGGGACUGGGCUGUUACCGCAAUCAGUGCACUGCGUUGACAAAGCCAGGAGUUGUGCGUGUGCCUCUGGAGAAGUCUGUGAUCCGUGAAUCCGCAGCAGUGAAAAGACAGAUUAUUCCAACCCCAGAAGCGACUAGCUCAACAAAGAAGUCCUUCAUUCAAACCUACCCAAAAUUAAGCACUGCGUUGACGACGCCAGGAGUUGUGCGUGUGCCUCUGGAGAAGUCUGCGAUCCGUGAAUCCGUAGCAGUGAAAAUGCAAAUUAUUCCAACCCAAAAAAUGUCUAGCCCAACGAAGAAGUCUUUCAUUCGAACCCAGAAAAAGUUAAGCCCAACGGAAAAAUCAUUACUUCUACCAAAGACAAUCACCAGCCCUGAGGAGGAACCGUCAAUUGAAGUUCCAGCGGUGAUUACCGGGACGGAAGGUUCGUCCAGUUUAACGGAGGCAGCACCUGACGAAGCUGGCCAAACACGGCCAACAACCUCCUUCUCCACGCAUCUCUCGGCUGUCAGUGUUCUCAUGUUUGCAAACAUGGCAAUGAUAUUUGUUUGA